AUGGGCACCUUCCUACAGACAGUAGGGAACCUCCUCCCCUACCAUCUUCUCUCCUACGGCGCACUCCUAGGAACAGAGCUAUUCCAGAGCUUCAUAAACACAAAAAUAUGCUACCAGGCCCUCCCAAUGAAAGAGUUCAUAAACCUCCAGAAACGCCUGUUUCCAAUCUACUUCGGAACACAGAUUGGACUCACAGUCCUGACGGCAGCCACACACCCACCCUACAGCCUUAUCUCACUAGUACGGGAUCCAUGGAGUAUAGCUCCUCUGGCCGUGGUUGGCAUCACCGGGUGUCUGAAUUGGAUCAUUUACGGGCCUCGAACGACAACUGCCUCGUUGGUUAGAAGGGCGCUUCAAGGUGGGUUCUACGAAUAUUGUGUUUCAUUGCUUGACCUGAUUGGUGAUACAGAGAGCGAGAAUAAUAACCCCGACUCCGAUGGAUCUAAGACUCAUCGGGCGAAUCGAACCUUCGCGCAUAAUCAUGCCAUGGUUAUUCAUUUGAAUGCUAUUGCUAUGAUAGCUACUGUGGUGUAUGGGUUCUCGCUGUCUGCCACGCUUGUUGCGGGAAUGUAG